GGGGAGAGGCGCCGUCGCCUGCGCUCCUGAGGAGACCCGUUAGAGCGGAAGCGCCGCCGCCGCUGCCUUCGCGGUUCCCGGGCCCCUGGUUCCCGGCAGGUGGAGGUGGGAGCCAUGUCGAAGAGGCUCCGGAGCAGCGACUUGUGCGCUGACUGCAGCGGGCCGGAUCCUUCCUGGGCAUCGGUAAAUAGGGGAACUUUCAUAUGUGAUGAGUGUUGCAGUGUCCAUCGAAGUCUAGGGCGUCAUAUUUCCCAAGUAAGGCAUCUGAAACACACACCAUGGCCUCCAACACUGCUUCAGAUGGUUGAAACCUUAUAUAACAAUGGUGCAAAUUCUAUAUGGGAGCAUUCUUUACUGGACCCUGCCUCUAUUAUGAGUGGAAGACGUAAAGCUAAUCCACAGGAUAAAGUACAUCCCAAUAAAGCGGAAUUCAUCAGAGCCAAGUAUCAGAUGUUAGCGUUUGUCCAUCGCUUGCCCUGCCGGGAUGACGACAGUGUGACUGCCAAAGAUCUUAGUAAGCAACUCCAUUCAAGUGUGAGAACUGGGAAUCUUGAAACCUGUCUGAGACUGUUAUCUUUAGGAGCCCAAGCCAACUUCUUUCAUCCUGAAAAAGGAAAUACACCACUCCAUGUCGCCUCCAAAGCAGGGCAGAUUUUACAGGCUGAAUUAUUGGCAGUAUAUGGAGCAGACCCAGGCACACAAGAUUCUAGUGGGAAAACUCCUGUUGAUUAUGCAAGGCAAGGAGGGCACCACGAGCUGGCAGAACGCCUUGUGGAAAUACAGUACGAGCUGACCGACAGACUGGCCUUCUAUCUCUGUGGCAGAAAACCUGAUCACAAAAACGGACAGCACUUUAUAAUACCUCAAAUGGCAGACAGACGGCUCAGCCUGGAUUUGUCUGAAUUGGCAAAAGCUGCUAAGAAGAAACUUCAGUCUCUAAGUAAUCAUUUGUUUGAAGAACUUGCCAUGGAUGUGUACGAUGAAGUUGACAGGCGAGAGACUGAUGCAGUCUGGCUUGCCACGCAAAACCACAGCACCCUGGUAACCGAGACAACCGUCGUCCCCUUUCUUCCGGUCAAUCCCGAGUACUCAUCAACACGAAACCAGGGCAGACAGAAAUUAGCUCGGUUUAAUGCCCAUGAGUUUGCCACACUGGUCAUCGACAUUCUCAGUGAUGCCAAGAGGAGACAGCAGGGCAGUCCUCUCUCUGGUUCAAAAGACAAUGUGGAGCUCAUACUGAAAACACUCAAUAACCAGCACAGUAUUGAGAGUCAAGACAACGACCAGCCAGACUAUGACAGUGUAGCAUCCGAUGAAGACACAGAUCUGGAAACCACGGCGAGCAAGGCAAACCGGCAGAAGAGCCUAGAUUCAGAUUUAUCAGAUGGACCAAUCACUGUACAGGAAUUUAUGGAGGUCAAAAACGCUCUAGUGGUUUCUGAGGCCAAGAUACAACAGCUAAUGAAGGUGAAUAACAACUUGAGUGACGAGCUGAGAAUUAUGCAGAAAAAGCUUCAAACACUCCAGAGUGAGAAUUCGAACCUCAGGAAACAGGCCACAACCAAUGUAUACCAGGUGCAAACUGGUUCUGAGUACCCAGACACUUCCAGCCACUCUUCCUUAAAGCGACGUCCAUCUGCCCGGGGCAGUAGGCCCAUGUCCAUGUACGAGACGGGAUCAGGUCAGAAACCAUAUCUCCCAAUGGGAGAAGCAAACCACCCUGAGGAGAGCAGGACGAGACUCCAGCCCUUCCCUGCGCACAUCGGGAGGAGUGCGCUUGUGACCUCCUCUUCAUCUCUGCCUUCCUUCCCCUCCACACUUUCCUGGUCGAGGGACGAAAGCACCCGAAGGGCUUCCAGGCUGGAGAAGCAGAACAGCACACCUGAGAGUGACUAUGACAACACUCCCAAUGACACGGAGCCGGACGACACGGGGUCAAGCCGAAAGGGAAGGCAAAGGAGCAUGGUGUGGCCAGGCGAGUGCUCAGUGCCAGACCCAACAGAGCCCCACACUGCCCCCAGCCCCACGCUCCCCAGCACCGAGGAUGUUAUCCGGAAGACUGAACAGAUCACCAAAAACAUACAGGAGCUCCUACGAGCAGCCCAGGAAAAUAAACACGACAGUUAUAUUCCCUGCUCAGAGAGGAUACACGUAGCUGUUACAGAAAUGGCAGCAUUAUUCCCCAAAAAACCCAAAUCUGACCUGGUGAGAACUUCCCUUCGCUUGCUGACAUCCAGUGCCUACCGGCUCCAGUCAGAGUGCAAGAAGGCCCUCCCUGGGGACUCAGGCUCACCCACAGACGUCCAGCUGGUCACACAGCAGGUCAUCCAGUGUGCCUACGACAUCGCCAAGGCCGCCAAGCAGUUGGUCACCAUCACCACCAAAGAGAACAACAACUGAACAAUGGAGGGCUGUCCUUUCUAUUUUCUAGACUUUUUAAAGUCCAAUUCAAACUUAAACAUGGAACUCCAGAUUUUUACAAAAACAAACAUUUAAUGACAAUUUAAAACUUUUUAAAAGAAAACUCAGUAUUAUUUUUGCAUGUUUUCUAACAAAUUUUCAACUAUUAAUUUAACCCACUUGCCUUAUUUUGUGCCUGUUUGCCCGUUUAGUUUCUGGUGUCCCAUUGUGUUGUCAGUGACUGUUGAGAUCAUGGUCAUACACAUCCAAAAGUAGUUUCAUUGUUUAAAGUUUGUCAAAACUUUUUCAUCUUUUAAACUUCCUACCUAUUGGUAAAAUUAUAAGUGGGAUUUUUAGUAAAACAUUUUCUUGAGAGAGUGGAUAAAAAAAAAAAGCGAACACCAUCUGUUUCCCUAUUAAGCAUCGUGCAAUAAGAUUUUCCAACCUACUGCAAAAUCUGUUGAAUUUGGGGUAUCUCCAAGCAUGUAUGUAGAGAAAGGACUUUGCCACAUUCUAAAAUUAGUGUUAACAGCCUCUCAUAGGAGGAAACAAGGAAUUGCCCCAUGUCUGUUUUAUCAUGUCCAAAUGUUGUUAUUUAAUUUUUUAUCUUUAUUUUCAACCUCUUUAUAUUUUACCACCAUUCUGAAGUCUCCAUACAGUCAGAUAAAGCAUGCACCUUCCACAUCGUGUCCCAUUUGGCUGAGUUCAGGGAAGGAGCACUACCCAUUCUGUCUCCCAUCAUCAAGUACUCUGCCUUACCCCAAGCCACACAGUGCAUUCAGAUUGUGUGGCAAAGAGAAGCAUCAGUUUAACAAGCCAUAACUAAUUUUAUACCACCUAUUCAGAUGUCACUGCCACAAACUGACAUUGCAUUGUCCCUUUCAUCCAAACCUUGGUUCUCCUGUCACUUCUGACAGCUUCCUCACAUGGAUUGCUUCACAUGUCCCAUCCUCUGUCAGGACCUCGUCUAAGGUAAGGUGAACAGUCAGCUGAGUUAGCGUCUCCCCCUUUGCCUCACUGGUACUUAGAAAUUAGACCUCACCUCUCAAGAAUUCCUGGGCUGGGCUGGGGCUUAGUGGUGGAGCACUUGCCUAGCAUGCUCAAGACCCUGGGUUUUAUCCCCAGCACCACAAAAAAUAGGAAAAAAGAAAAGGACUUCCUUAGCAUGCUUCAGCUGACUGCGGGUCUCUCAAAGCUAGGGAAGUAGAGGUUGAAGCGUAGAACAUGCUGCGACUGAAAAGCCUAUUCCUGUCCCUACUCUGAGCAGCAGUUCCUGUGGGUGUAGCUCAGCGACCUGACCUGAUGAAGCAGGAAGUAUACGUGAGUGCAGUAAACCAGAGUACAGCAGGCCCUGAAGGGGGACAGUGGGAACCCCUGGUCACCCAGCCAGGGACAGCAGCUCCCCUGCAGCACUGUCACCAGUAGAAAAGUGGCCUGGGGUUGCCAGAGCUCCCUGCCCCAAGAGGCACCAGAAAUCUGGAUUUUUUAGUGCCAUUUUUCCGAUUAGAAAUGAUGACAGCCAGUCCAGACAUUCACAGGAUCUGCACAGGUGAGCUGCGGGCUCUUGGCUGCGCUCAGCCUCUGCCCAUGGCUGGCUGUAAACCUAAAGCACGAGCGCCUGGCUUUCCCCAGCCUGAGCCUGAGCCUGAGCCUGACCUAGAAGGCAUCGGUCCCACCUCUGACGUUGUUGUCUGCCUUCUUUGUACCUGUACGUUCUGUGCCAUAGUGAUCAUAGUACAAGUCCCCUUGCAUGCUGACCGAGGCUGUUUUCACAGAACCAACUCAAACGCUUUUACCACUUGACCUAUGCUGUCGUGAAAGCAGUGCCACUGUGGUGCUUUUGGGCUCGCUACGUCAUGGUGUGUGGACACUUUUGGUUUGCUGCACUGUGAGUAGCACGGGAAAAGGGUCCACAUCUCCAGAAGACUUCUUUCGCUUACUGUCUGCACAGCCCGAAGUGCCACGAGUGCUGGAUGCUCAGAAGCCUUCUAGAAGGGCCCUCCUGUCUCAGCUCCAGUGCCAUCUGAUGCCCUGUGUGUGCUUCAUGGACUCAGCUCUCCCACCUCUUCCUUGCAAACACCUGCUGCUGCUGUCCGGCUCCCAGGGAGGACAGGUCUUCAUAAAGACUUGUGGGAAAAUUCGUCUGCAGUAGGUGAAGUGGUGACUUCCCUUGAACACUCGGACCUGCAGCAGUUCUUUAUACCCCAGAAAGAGUCAAGGAUUGUGGGAAUAACAAAGCAUUUCCAGCUGUGGGAGUACCACGUGGAGAGUUGGCUCAGUGAGCCACAGUGCCGGACCUCAGACAGACGUCUCCAGAUGCAGUGACAGGCAGUGGUAGGACAGCCAUAAGUUGUCCUCUCAUUACGUUCCCUUGUCUGAGACCUGGUGUCAGAGUCCUCUGUUCCUGUUGCAAACCGCACCUUGUCUGCACACUUGUUCUAGCCAUUUUUUGCACAUGGAUUCCACAGCCUUGCCCGAGUCAUGUCUGCAUCUUGCAGUGUUUUCGCCCUGUAUUCUAAGCUCGCCCUCCAGGCGUGUGCACCCCACUUCCCAAAAGCCAACAAGACAGAGUUGCACUUUAUGAACAAGCACUUGUGCUGAGCAGAAGGAAGCAGCGCCUUGCACUGAAAUCAUCUUCCAGCUCAGAAUGCAGAUGGUUCUUAUUUGCCAAAGAAGUAAUUGGGCCCAAAGAUCAAGGACAGCAUUUCAUGAAAUUGGAACUAGAAGCGCACAACUUGGGAGCUGCUACCCAGUUCCCCAAGCGACUUCAGUUGCAGAACUGAGAGUGAAACGAGCAUAUUUUUAUCCUCGACAGCACCCAUGAGCUUCCCAAGGGUAGAAUUUUCUUUUCCUCUUUGUCCUGGUUGAAGCUAACCCUCAUUCUUACAAAGAAAAUGCUGCAUAGGAAAAGAAUGAAAUGCCUUUUAUUCAAAUGUGUUUUCUCUCUGUCAUUCAUGACAUGACUCUGUGCUUACUUCUCAUUUUUACUGUACCUCCUAUUUCUGUAAUUAUUGUACUCUUCACAUGUUGUAAAACUGUUGGGAAUUUGUGCCUGCUAGUUAUGCAAUAAACAGGCUCUGUAAAUGUCUUUGUGGUCAUGCUGUGCUUCCCACCAGUUAGGUGGUAUUUCCAGAUAUUCAUAGAAGUGUGGAGAGUUCUCACAUAAUGCCAUCUUUAAUGACAGGGUUUAACUUGCUCCCUCCCUUGGGGCGCUAU